AUGACGAAUAAGGGUAAAAAACGUCAAAAUGAGCAAUCGGAGAGUAGAGACUCAAAGUAUCCUCGUAUCAAAGUUAGCUUGGAUGAUUCAGUUAUGGAUGUAGAUUCCAGUUCCCUUCCAUCCCUAUCUCCGUUUCCAUCCCCCUUACCUUCCUCUUGUCCUUCGCCGUCAAUGGAUUAUUCACAGGAGACAAUUUUUCAAUAUGAAAAUGAAGUAUCAAGCGAAUUAAAUAAAAUGCAUUUAAAUAAUAAUUUGGAAAAAGAAAUGGAGGUUUGUGAAGAUAAACCAGAAUUAAGAAGGGAUUUCUCCUCAAUAGCGAGUACUGCAAUGAAAGGAACUCAUUGUAUAGCUCAAAGUUUCGAAGAAUUUUGUCCAAUAAUCAAAACAUUCCUCUCAUUGGGAAAUGAAAUUGUAAUGUUGUAUGAAAAGGCCGAACAUAAUAAACAAUUAUGUAGUGCUCUUUUACAAAGGUGUAAUUGUGCAAUUGCUGCAGUAAAAGAUUUAAAUAUUAGAAAAACCGAAAACAUGAAGGAUAUUAGUCACUUAAACAAACUUCAAAGAUUUUUUCAUACGAGUGAUAUCAACGAAACUUUUCAUAAGCUUACGGAUGAAUUUGACGGAUAUAUGGAUAGUUUAAAUUUUUCUUUUACCAUACAAUCUAGAGAUGAACUUGCAAUAAUACAACAUGAUGUAAGCCAAAUCAAAGAUAUAUUAACCGUUGUUCAUGGAGUCUCUGAAGAUAAUCAAUCUCAACAAAAAUUCCUUACUGGAAUGGAUCGAGUGGCUGGAAGAAACAAAGAAUUCAAAAAACAAAACAAAACUACCCCAAAUACCAAUUCAUCUGAACAAAUUAAAACAACUGUAGAAGCAAACGAACCAUUACUUGAAGGCAAUUCUUAUAUUAGAACAAAUAUUUGUCCUUCAAGAAGGAUUGAAAAACGCACUACAGUCAAAGAUUGUACUGACGUUUCAUUUAAAGAAUUUUCAAAUAAUACAUCUUCGGAUGAGAUCCUUCAUCAUGAUAUCCAGUCGGCAAAUAUUUUAAUAAAUCAAUAUCACAAGGUUAGAAUAGCAAACUUUGGUCUAAGCAAAAAAUUUUCAGAUAUUACUAGAAAUAUUUCAAAUAAUCUAGAAAAUAUAAGAUAUAUGGCUCCAGAAAAAUUAUUAUAUGAUAAAAAUAACGAUAAAAGAAAAAAGGUUCCUUAUGAUACUAAAUGUGAAAUUUAUAGCGUCGGAGCAUUACUAUGGGAAAUUGCAGAAUUAAGAAAACCUCAUUCUGAUCUAGAUAAAUCAGAAAUACUCGGUAGUAUUAGAAAACGUAUACAAGAAAAGUAUUAUGAACCAUUUUCAGAUGAUGUACCUGGUGAAUGGAAACAAAUUGUAUCUAGAGCUAUGGAGUAUGAACCAGCGUGGCGUUCUACUAUAUCUUGUAUUUGUCGCGAUCUUUAUAAUUUGAUAGGUCCUCGUCAAUACACUAGUUCCAAUUCUAAUUUGGAAAAUAAAGUCUCAACGCCCAAUUAUUCUUCAGAGAGCUACAAGGAAAACAUAUCAACUAAUAAUAAUCAAAGUUCAUCACCCGUUACUUUUAUAAUUCUCCCUGUUGGAGAUGCAAUUCGCGAACACAAAUCCAGCAAUGGAAGCAAACUAGUUGCAUGGAAUA